AAUCUCUCUCUACCAGAUUCACGCAGCUUUCCUCCUCUAUUCUCUCUCCCUGUAAACUCUCUCUUUCGAUUCAUUUUCGAAGUGUUGUUGCUGUUCAUCAGUCAAAAUGCACUCUAAUCACUUGCUUCUUGAAGAACCUAUCAGAAUGGCAUCCAUUCUCGAGCCGUCUAAAGCUAAUUUCUUCCCCGCGAUGACCAAAAUCGUUGGAACUUUAGGCCCUCGCUCGCGAUCUUUGGAGGUUAUCUCUGGUUGCCUCAAAGCUGGCAUGUCUGUGGCUAGAUUUGAUUUUUCAUGGGGAGACUCAGAGUAUCACCAAGAAACUUUGGAUAAUCUGAGGACCGCCGUCAGGAGCACCAAGAAACUUUGUGCUGUGAUGCUCGAUACAGUUGGCGCUGAGAUGCAGGUUGUGAAUAAGAGCGAGAAGGCCAUUUCCCUUCAACAGGAUGAUAAUGUUAUUCUGACCCCUGACAAAGGUCAGGAAGCUUCUUCUCAAGUAUUGCCAAUCAACUUUGAUGGACUAGCUAAGGCUGUGAAGAAGGGAGACACCAUUUUUGUUGGUCAGUACUUGUUCACAGGAAGUGAAACAACCUCUGUUUGGCUGGAGGUUGAUAAAGUGGAAGGGGACGAUGUUGAUUGCAAGAUAAAGAAUUCUGCUACUCUGGCUGGGGCAUUGUUCACUCUCCAUGCCUCCCAGAUUCAUAUUGAUCUGCCUACUCUCACUGAUAAAGAUAAAGAGAACAUUAGCACUUGGGGGGUUGCAAACAAAAUUGACUUUCUCUCAUUGUCAUACACGCGCCAUGCGCAAGAUGUUCGUGAAGCACGUGAAUAUCUUUCUAAGCUUGGCGAACUUAGUCAAACCCAGAUAUUUGCAAAAAUUGAAAAUAUAGAGGGUCUAACUCGCUUUGAAGAGAUUUUGCAAGAGGCAGCUGGUAUUAUCCUUUCCCGUGGAAAUCUUGGCAUUGAUCUUCCACCAGAGAAGGUGUUUUUAUUUCAGAAAGCUGCUCUUUACAAGUGUAACAUGGCUGGAAAACCCGCUGUCGUUACUCGUGUUGUGGAUAGCAUGACUGACAAUUUAAGACCAACUCGUGCAGAAGCAACGGAUGUUGCUAAUGCUGUAUUAGAUGGAAGUGAUGCAAUUCUUCUUGGUGCUGAGACUCUGCGUGGAUUAUACCCUGUUGAGACCAUAUCAAUUGUUGGGAAAAUUUGUGCGGAGGCAGAGAAAGUUUUCAACCAAGAUCUAUACUUCAAGAAAACCGUCAAAUAUGUUGGAGAACCAAUGAGUCACUUGGAAUCGAUUGCUUCAUCUGCGGUACGUGCAGCCAUUAAGGUGAAGGCAUCUGUUAUUAUUUGCUUUACUUCUUCCGGAAGGGCUGCAAGGUUAAUUGCAAAGUAUCGGCCGACAAUGCCAGUUCUGUCGGUUGUCAUUCCCAGGCUGAAGACUAAUCAACUACGGUGGAGUUUGAGUGGUGCAUUUGAGGCAAGGCAAUCACUUGUUGUCAGAGGUCUUUUCCCCAUGCUCGCCGACCCUCAACAUCCUGCGGAAUCUACAAGUGCAACAAAUGAAUCAGUCCUGAAGGUUGCACUAGAUCAUGGAAAGGCCUCGGGCGUGAUCAAGUCACAUGAUCGAGUCGUGGUCUGCCAAAAGGUUGGAGAUGCAUCUGUUGUUAAAAUCAUCGAGCUUGAAGAUUAGAAACUGGGUACACAACACAUCUAUAAGUUAAUUUUUUGGCCUAAUUGUUAUGGAAGGGGCGUUGGGUAUAUCACCGCCAUCUCUCGAGCCUCCAUCGUUUUUAAAAACUCGUUUGUGAUAUCAUCAUAUUCAUAUUUAUAUUUACAUUUCGAUGUUGGGGGCAAUUUUGGUUCUAGGAAAUCCCAAUUCUCAUACGAUUAUUGAUUAUUAAUGCCCCUUUAUAUCUCAAUAGCUUGAUCGAGAGUAGAAUAAAAAGGGUUUUUGGUUUUGUC